AACAGUCUAACCGAAAGUUUCUAACAACAUGUCCAAAACUUUGCUUCUCAGCUUCACUUUGAGCGCCUUGCUUGGCAUCGCUUUGUCGCAAAUGUGCGGCAACUGCAUGGAGAAUGGCGUUGCCUGCGUGAACCAAACCCAUUUCAAGGUUUGCGUUAAUCAAGCGACCUUGCCAGGCAAUGCGCUCUACUGCGGCGACGGUAAAGUGUGCACGAGCCUGAUGGGCGCCUUCUGCUUCGAGGGGGGUAGCGAUGUGGAAACCGUGUGUGAUGAGCAGCAAGAUUGCCCCAGCUGCUCGGCUAAGAGCAUGUUUGUUUGCACCAGCAGGACAACUUUCCAAAUGUGCGACGGCACGAAGAUGCAGAAAGAGAUCAGCACUUGUCCGGCCGGCUUGUUCUGCACCACCAAUGCCGAGGAAAUCUGUGUAAAAGAGUGCAAGUUGCCUAAUGGCAAGCCGGACUGCACCAAGGAUGCGCCGUAAAGUCUUUCAUUUGAUUUGCAUAUUAAUAAUAAUCAAUUGCCUUAUGAACUAUAAAAACAACUCUUAAACUCAUGUGUUCAUCCUUAAAACUUAA